GGUAAGAAACAAUGGGCCCCAUGGGACUGGGAGCGGGGGGGCAGCAAAGGCGCCAGUCGCAGGGCUCAAGUGCCUAUAUACUAAUGCUAGGAGCAUGGGGAACAAGCAGGAUGAACUAGCGCUCCUGCUUGCACUAAACACCUAUGACUUAGUGGGGCUAACAGAGACCUGGUGGGAUUCAUCCCAUGACUGGGCGGUACAUAUUGAGGGCUAUAAAUUGUACAGAAAGGACAGGUCGGGGAAGAAAGGGGGGGGGGGUUGCGCUCUAUGUCAGUGAGCAAUAUACAUCAACCCUCAUCAAGACAGAAUCCGAGGUUGAGGAAGUAGAAGGAUUGUGGGUUAGGCUACAUGGGGGGCAAGGAGAAAGGGAUUUGGUGGUAGGGGUCUGUUACAGACCCCCACACCAAGGGGAAGAAAUAGAUGCGGGGCUCCUGAGGCAACUCUCGGAGACCAUAAAAGCUAAAGAGGCGGUAGUCAUGGGGGACCUAAACUACCCGGACAUCUGCUGGGAGACGCAGACAGCAAGGUCCCAUCGCUCACGCAGGUUUCUAACUUGUGUACAGGACCUCCACCUGACACAGGAGGUGCAUGGUCCCACUAGGGGGAAUGCCAUACUGGAUCUGGUAUUGGCAACGGGAGAUGACAUGAUAGGGGACCUCCAAAUCGGUAGCUAUCUGGGAGACAGUGAUCACCUUAUGAUAGAAUUCAACAUAAGACGGCGAGUGGGUAAGGUAACUAGUAGGGUGAAAGUGCUAGACUUUAGGAAAGCUGAUCUCAUUGCACUCAGGCGAUUAGUCAAGGAAGCACUGCAGAGUAGGAGUUUUGAUGGGAUGGGUGCCCAAGAAGGGUGGCUGUGCCUAAAGGAAACGAUCCUUUGGGCACAAAGCAAGACGAUCCCCGAGCGAGGCAAAAGAGGGAAAGGGGCCAGGAGGCUUCCAUGGCUGACCAGAGAAGUCCAGGGCAGCCUAAGGGCCAAAAGGGGAGCACAUAAAAAGUGGAAACAGGGUGAGAUCACUAAAGAUGAAUAUACCUCCUCUGCUCGUGCUUGUAGGGAGGCAGUUAGGCGGGCCAAAGCUACCAUGGAGCUGAGGAUGGCAACCCAAGUAAAGGACAACAAGAAAUUGUUUUUUAGAUAUAUUGGGAGUAAAAGGAAGGCCCAGGGAGGAAUAGGACCCCUGCUAAAUGGGCAGAAGCAAUUGGUGACAGAUAGAGGGGACAAGGGGGAACUCCUCAACGAGUUCUUUGCCUCAGUGUUCCUAAGCGAGGGGCACGACAAGUCUCUCACUGGGUUUGUAGAGAGGCAGCAGCAAGGCGCCAGACUUCCAUGCGUAGAUCCUGAGGUGGUGCAGAGUCAUUUGGAAGAACUGGAUGCCUUUAAGUCGGCAGGCCCAGAUGGGCUCCAUCCGAGGGUGCUGAAGGCACUGGCCGACGUCAUUGCAGAGCCACUGGCGGGAAUAUUCGAAUGCUCGUGGCACACGGGCCAAGUCCCGGAGGACUGGAAAAGGGCUAACGUGGUCCCCAUUUUCAAAAAGGGGAGGAAGGAGGACCCGGGCAACUAUAGGCCGGUCAGUCUCACCUCCAUCCUUGGUAAAGUAUUUGAAAAAAUUAUCAAGGCUCACAUUUGUGAGAGCCCGGCAGGGCAAAUUAUGCUGAGGGGAAACCAGCACGGGUUUGUGGCGGGCAGAUCGUGCCUGACCAACCUAGUCUCUUUCUAUGACCAGGUUACGAAACGCCUGGACACAGGAGGAGGGGUGGAUGUCGUAUACCUGGACUUCAGGAAGGCCUUCGAUACGGGUUUAUAUGGUGAUAAUCUGAUGACAACUGAGGAAAACUUGCUAACAACAUUUCUCUCCUAAAUUGGUUGGGUAUUUUCAGACUUGCAAGUAAGUGGAAAGGUAUUGCUGGUCACAAAUGAUUACUGUUCAUAGCUUAUUUGUAAUGUUCUUUCCAAACCACGAUGAUUGGUUGGUAUCACUGAGACUUCUGAAUUAAGUAUUGCUGCACUGUGAUAAACUCCUUAAUCUUAAUGGCCCUUGGUGUCCUUUUCCUGUAUACCUGCAGGAAUGUGUUGGAAUCAUGGAGAGAACUCCAUGAGAAUACUCCUUCUAGUUUGCUAGUCAUUAGGGGGAGGCCAAUGUGUGUUGGAUCCUCAUUUUUGCACUUCACACAAUUUUUUUACUUCUUCCUAUGUCUUUACCAUUGUCAGGGUGCAUGUACACAGAUACUUCUACUGUGGUACUAUUGUCUCUCUCCAUCUCCAAGUAUGUAAAACAUACCACCUGCUCCAGAGGUUUGGACAUAAUCUUUUAUUAUGAUGUCUCACAUCUCUGAAGAACAUCUGUGAAAGGAAGACUUUUGCAAUAUUCUCUGUCUUGUGCUUUGUUAAUCUUACUAAUUUGGUCCUUGUCAUUCUAUGUUUGGUUUAGAUGCAGCUGGAAAAGUUCUACUGAAAGUUGGAAGAGCCUUCUUUGAAAAUGUGCAUGUCCCGCUUAGGCCAUGUCCAGACGAGUCUGCCCGUCUGCAAUGUGGUGCUGCAGACACAGCUUCAACCCCACAUACCACACAUGCAGGUGUUCUCCAUCUUGCAUAGUAGCAGCAUGGGGGAUGGAGGAGUGGGAGGAGGAGGUUUGACCCUGGGAGAUCCUGGGAUCAAAGAAACCCACGCAAAAAAAGUGGGGCGGCACAUGCGGGGACAGCACGCGCUGCCCAAAACUAUAGCCUGGCCAGCCGGAGCCAAACUCAGGCUGCUGGCCGGGCUACAAGCAGCAGGAUUGCCACUCCUGUAACCCCAGGAGGCCCCCAGAACUCAAGAUAAGGCUGCUGGGGCCAGCCAAGUGCUGGCCCCAGCCUCCUCUACCCCACACAGAGUAACUUGCAGUGCACCAGAGGCCAUGUGGCACAGGCAUUCCCUGGGGACAAGUAGCAGCGGCAUAAGGUGUCCUGCUGCUAGUUGUCCUCAGGGAAACAAACAUCCACAGUCAUGUGAAUGUGACUGUAGAGUGCAAAACAACUAGACCUUGAGACCUUACAGGAAGCAUGAACACCAAACUAGGGCCUCUGACAAAGAUUAGGAGACCUGCACGGCAACCUUAAACUAAUUAUUUCACUUCUCAUAUUUUGUCUAUUUAAACUGUAAGGUCUCUAUAGCAGUGCUUGUCCCUUAUUGUUGCAUCUUACUUAGCCCAAUGGAACUCUGAUCUUAGCUUGGACUUCUGCCAAAAUAGAAAUGAUAAUAAACAUACAUUUUCUUAGUAUCUUUACAGUUAUUUGCCCUUAAGAGCUACACAGCACUCGUUUAAUGAUAGAUCUUCACUCAUUGCUGGAAGGGAAAAUGUACUGAUGUAAGAGAAAAGCUAGAAAUCCUACUGCUUUGCAAUCAGUCCAUUAGUCUUGUUACCCUGUGGGGUCAGGCCAACUCUUAGGAUCUCAAUAUUGUGCUGUUAGACAGGGGGGUGUGACACAAUUGCACAUAUACAAACACACAAAUCAAUUAGGUGCAUACACACACACACUAUCAGCUCAUGCACAUACACAUACACAUCCAAACCAGCCUAGGCACAUGCAUACCCAUCACCAAUUCAAGCACAUACACUAUAUACCCCAAAAGUUAGACAAUUCAUAUAUCAUGCACACAAUAACAUAUAUAUACACACACACCAAUUCACACACAUACAACCCACCUACACAUACAUACAGGUAAGUUCCUAACUUGGAUGGUACAGUGUAUAUGUGUGUGCUUGGGGUACCUGGGAUUCUUGGGGGAAGGUUCAGGUGAGAGAGAGAGAGUUGAAGUGUAUGGAGUGAAAGUUGCCAGAACCACGAUUAGAACCAGUGGACUACAGAGAAGUUAGCUGAGGAACUGAGGCUUGGGUUUAUUUAAGGUAGACUGAGGCUGACAGUUGAGAUAUUGGGGGAGGCAGAUAAGUGGUGGCAAGGAGGAGACAGCCAGGAAAGAAACUGAGGCAGAAACCUGGUUGCUCAGGGGAAAAGAAAAAGACAGUGGCAAAGAAACAGGGGGUUUAGAGGCAGAGAGGAGCUCAGAACAGGUGUUGGAGGUGGCAGUGAGCCAGAAGCAGGAGAUGGAGAAAUGAGACAGAAGUUAGAGGGGUGAGGUGCAGAGACUGAAGCAGAGCCAAACCAUAGUAAAGCAAAACCCAACUUAGGGAUCCAAAUAAAAGUUUUAUUACACAGACAAUACACUCACAGCCCCAUGAAGUUAUUGGUUCACGCACACACACACAAACACUCACAAUGGCAGCAGGAGAAAGAGACUCAGUGGAAGGGUUGGAGUCCAGGUAGGGAAGAGAAGCAGAGUCCAAGUCCUUGGUUGAAGAGGGGGUGGGGGGGUGAUAGCUACCUAUCCAGGCUGGAAAGGGGUCCUUGUCCAGUAGGUAUUGUCCGGAGUGGGGUCGCCAGCAGGGCCUCUGGGUGGAUAGGUGGUGUGGCAUGGUGCUGGUCCAGAGGGAGAGGGAGUCCUGCUGGGUCUGUCUUCACUGCCCCUUUUUAUAGGGGCAGACCUUGUGUGACCCUAGUGACAGGAGGCAUGCCCAGGCAAGGGUCAGCCCCUGGUGUACUGAGCAUGUGUGCUCCAUGCAGGGAUGUGCAGUUUCGGGUGUCUGUAAUGGUGGGGUACAAUGGUAGAGUUGCUGAUUCUGCAGGGUCUUUUGUCUUUCAAAUGCUGGGUUCUUGUGUCUGUUCCUGGGUGAGGUCCGUGGUUCCUGGAUGAAUCAAUGGCCUGGUCGUUACAGGCCAUUCAGUAGAGGCCUGCUACCAUUGUAUUUCAAUCAUUCCCAAUCACUCUCAUUCAUCUGAGAACCAAUUUACAUGGGAGGGGUACAUAAAUCACACAGUUGCAACACAGGGGAUGCCCAGGCAGAGGACACAAGAUGGAGGCUUGACAUACAAAAUGGAAACUUGACGUGACUUAUGCUAACUUACGUAUAUAGUCUUAAAACAGUAAUCACACAAUAUAAAAGCAGUACAAACAUAAUAAUUAUCACUUAUGAAACAGUGGGUAUCGAUAUCAAAAUAUCAGGGAACUUAUUUGCAAAGAGAGGAGAGAAAAAUAAAACUUACUACCCAAAAUAAAAUGUUAAACCUUAUCUUAUAUCUUAUAGGAAUAGAGAGGGAAGGAAAAAGUCAGAAAUGGUUGGGGAAGGGGAGGGAAUGCAUUUUAAAUCAAAGAAAAAAAGAAAAACUGGGGGUUUUGCUACAGUCUUACACAGCCGCAAAUCAAACAAAACAUUUCCUACCACCUCUGUCUCCCUCAGGACUAGUAAACAUACCAUUUAGAACAGUAGUUUUGGCAACUAGUUGUAACUGGAGGUCAGCUGACUAUAAGGAGGUGUCUGCUCCACGUCAUCUCUACUUCAGUACUAUGGUUAAAGGGAAAAGUUAGCCUGUGAGGUUUCAGGACUGCUGAAAAUAGCUACAAUUCUACUGAAGCUGGGUAGCAGGUACAAAAUUGUCCCAUGGAGUUGAAAUGCAAUGGGUGAAAUGCAUUAUUAAAGCUCAAUAGCAAGAAACAUGCAGGUACAGUAAGCUACUGAGUAUUACUAAAUGAAUGGAUUUUUAAUAGGCACUAUUUUGUUAAUAUAUUGCCUCCAGAAUAUCUUGUACUUCACUCUAAGUGUUUUGCUCAGAGCAAGAUCUGUACCCCAAGUAGUUACUGUCACAACCCAAAGUUGUGAUUUUUUGUUUGUGUGUGCGCUUCGGCACCGCUAAAUUAUUUCCCACCAAAUUUGUUGCUUUCUUUGCACGGUAGAGUUCUCUGCUGCGGGAGAGAACUCUGGUGCAGCGGGGGAUUUCCUGCCGGAUUGCAGCUUCUUUGCAGUGUGCAUCUCUUUCUUGCACUGUAGUGAUACACGUUGCAAAGAAGUUCCCACCAUUUGUAUUAGGAUCCGUGCCAUGUUAUUGGCCGAUUCCUAAUUUAGGCACACGUGGCGGCUAGCGAUUGGCUUGCUAGCCGUACAAAAGGCUUGGGUAGUUUCCGCCCAAGCCAGAGGAGGGAGGAAGAGAGAGAGAUUCUGUGUGAAGAUCUCCAAGCGCUGUGGACCCUCGCGGACCCGGCACGCCUCCCCUAAGCAGGCAAGAGAGGCAAUAGAACCGAGCCUACGGAGCUUUCGCUUCUCGCCUCUCCCCGUUGCCAAGCGCAAUCCUAGACAUAUCCCUUUCCUGUAACUUCGGACCCCGCGGAGCCUAGCAAACUCCGGGGAAAACUUAUUGGACCCGCGGAGCCUGAAUAACUCCAGGGAAACUUUUCGAACCCAACUUAACCGGACCCGCGGAGCCUAGCAAACUCUGUGGGAGCAAUCGAUUUGUCAGAGUCCUCCAACGAGGGUUCAAGCGGGAGCUGUGCCUGGAAACUUGUCCAGCCUACACCAAUACCAUCUUUGGGUGUAAGUAAACAAUCUUUUCAAUCAACCAUUACGCCUCCGUAACUAAUUCUAACUCGCGUGCGCUAAACUGCCUCGCGGUUCUCUCCCACCCUGCGUGCCCGGGCUGCCGGCCACAGCCCACAUGCACCAAAGACGGGUCCAGUACGACCCCCGUUCGCCCCUGGCUUGCCCAUGGCGGCGAGAAUGGGAUCGGAAUCACCGCAGCGCAUGGCAACGAGGGCGGGAUCAGGGCCCGGCCCGCACAGUUACCUAAUUAUAUUGCACCGUACUGUGUGCUGAAAAAUAAAAUGAUAGUGGCAUCUUAUGCAAGAAUGAUGUGCUGAAGUACAAGCCUGUACAAAGCCCAUACAACAUGUGAAAAUACAAAUCAGGUGGCUGCCAGACCAGUACAUAUGUUAAUAGUGUUGAAAGGGGCUAGCCAUGGGAUCAGUCAGCCAUUUGGAUUUUCUGUGGGUUUUAGAUUUGUCCUUUUUUCCAAGUAAAUCAUGGCUUUUAUUUCUCUGUGGAAAGUUUCCACCCAUUUGUUUUUUCAUAUAAUGUUAACAAUAUUCUAGGUGCCCUAGACAUUAAGAGAAGUUGCCUGCCUCAAGGAUCUUACAAUUUACAUGAGGCAGCACAGAAACAAGGAGGAAACAAUGUGAAUGGGACUGAAUAUUACAACAGAGUAUGUGUCAGCUUAGUUCUACAGUGCUUGUAUUAACUAUUUUAAGAAGCAAAGCUUUUUCAGUACGCUAAGAAAAGUGGGGUGAGCUGGGCUAGAAUUUAAGCCUCUGAAGAAACAGCUUUUGCAGAGGGCCUUGUAGAAAAAGAUAAAGGCAGUAAACCUGAGUUUUGACUUUGCUCAAGCAUAUGGAUGAAGCCCAGAAAUAAGAGAGGGACAUUAACUAGAGUGAACCAGAAGAGGUUUUUGAAGACAAGACACAGGGCAAAAACUUCCCUCCAGAAUUGUGUGUGGGCCUCAUAGGCAGGGUGGCAAGCUCCUCAGUAAUAAACAGGUGAAGCAAUUUGAAGAGUCAUGUAUUGCAAACAGAGCAUGGUGACAUCAGUAGGCAAAUAAGCAAUUUGAUGCUCACCAGGGCAAGGAAGCCCUAUGUAUCCCAACCCAACUGUCAUUGCACCUGACUACAAUGAAAUGUUUUUGUAAGACUAGAGACAUUUCAUGCCCUCUGAAGAGACAUUUGCUGCCUAGUGACGUUUAAGAGGUAAAGAAACCAAGAUGAAGCAAUAAAAAGACAACCCAAGGCACUAGAGCAGUGGUGCUCAACCUUUUUGUCUGCAGGGGCCUGAGUGGCAGUUAGGCAGCCUGCAGCUGCCUACAAUGCCAAUUAGGCAGUUGCCUGAUUGGGAGCAGGGCACAGCUGUGCUCUAUAAGAGCAGAGCCCUGAACAACUACAAAGAGGUGGUCGUUUGCUGCCAGUAGCUGUGGAGAACACCAUCUGGUUGUUGCUCAAAGUAUGUUGCACAAACGGCUAGUUUCGUGCCCCUGGAGGCUUUUCCAAUAUACCUCAAGGAGAGAGUCACACACACUCAGGCUGGAUCCAUCUUGAGUUUAUUUGUUUGCAAACAGAUCGACAAGGGAGUUCAAUGCUCAAAGCCGAGUCGACCCCUAGCCAUGCCCGAAGUUACAUUUUCAUACCUCUCAUGAACAAGAUUCCAUUGUGGCAAUCUGUGAUUUGCUACAGUUUUCUGCAAAGUUUAGUACAUGCGUAGUCCUAAAACGAGCAAGUAACAAGGGUUGCAAAAUUUAUGUGCAAAGCAAGCAGUAACUAAUCUUUGUGUUCCCACAGGAAUCAGCCUUAUCGCAAACUGACCAUUUGUUCGGACUGUUCCUUAUUAUGCUACUGAUUAUCUAGUGCAGGAAGAAAGAAGAGAAAAAGAAACAAUUUGCAGUUCUCAGCUGUGAAGCCUUUUGUGUAGUGAGAUCAUGAGACAUUUUUCCCACAAUUCCCCCCUCAAGAUGCUUUCUAACUCUAAUCUUAAUAGAUUUCAGCCAGUGCUAAUUUUUGAUAAUGCACAAGCAUUUCUCAGUUGAAGAUUGACUGAAUUGUCCGUUUUAUGAGGGCUAUGAGACAGGGUAAAAUACAGGGGAGCAAGCAAAGCAUUGACAUUAGCAGGCACAAGACAAGAAAAACUCCUUUUAACCAUCCAAAAUUGGGGAGCCAGGAUGUAAACCAAUCAAAAUUCCACCUAUUCCAUGUUUGGACAGGGACACGUGCAACCUUUUCCAUUUCAUCUGCUAAGGCUUUGAUUAUCUCACCAUUAUCGUCGAUAUUGACACAACAGUUUGACAAGUUCAGCUGUUUACAUACUCCUCCUUCACUUGCAAGUAAAUAAUCAAGAGCUAAGUGAUUUUGCAGUACCAUGGUACAAAGUUGGAUGAGCUGGUCCCCGAUCAGGCAUAGGGCUGCAGCAGUUUUAUUUGUAAUAAUCUCCACUACGGCUUGGAGUCUAAUAAUGCGAUUUGUCAAAUAUGUGGGCUCUCUCCCAACUACAUUUGGCUCCCAAGUUGCUGGGCCAUAGUACUGAAUUAUUCUCUCUGCUGGCCACUCAUCCUUACCCCACUUUUGGCCCCCUCCUGCCGCUAUUCUCUCGAAGGAGAUAUCAGUGCUGUGUUUUGCUCGAUGAAUUUUGGGUUGUGUUAUUCAAACACCCGGAAUUAAAGCCCCCAAAUAACAAGUCCCAGUCCAGCUGGCGGGAAGCUGUCUAUAUGCCCAUCACCCACAAAUCCACCAUAGCCCACAGGCUUCAUUUGUGAUGGUGGAACGAGAGCUCAUUAAAGUUAGAGUUAGUGAGCUUCUUUUUGUUGAACUCCGACUCACCGUGGUACCAUUUCGAUAGUGGGUACAAUUAAUGCCCCAAACUGAGAUCCACUCCUUACCCAAUAGGCAGCUACAAUCGUCAAACUUGUUAUAUGAGACAUUUGCGCAUGUCCAUGCACCCUCCCAGGGGGCGAUCUCCUUAGAAAUCCAUAUUUCCUUGCACCUUGACUGUCCCACUCUAAAUCCACCUCCGUGUUGGGAAAUGCAGAUAGAUCCGGUAACUUUCGCCACCAUAAGUCUCCCAGAACCAUUAUAUCGCGAAGAGAAAUUGAAAUUGCGAUUAAAGCCCCAAUCUGAGACUAUACCUGUCCUAUUGAGGGGGAUAGGCAAGAAAGGGACUCCCUCAUCACUAGAGACGGGAGUAAGGACACACAAAAGACAACUCUGGUUAGUUAGCGCCUGGGCUGAGUCCUUGAGAAGGGCCACCCAUGAAUUUCCCACCCAUGUAUUUGUAGGUGGGCCUUUAGGUUCCCAUAUACUACUGACAGGUUGAAGGCUUGAAGGCCAAUCUUUGAGGAUUGCAGACCAGAUUUCUGGGUCCUGCUUUACACACAGCGGUGUUGUAUUGCCGGAUUGAAUUAUAAUUUCUCAACGCAGGCAGCACUGGGAAAUGGGGUGCAGGAGGGCACUAAGUACUGUAGACUUUGAAAUUUCGUAGUUAGCCUUAGUGAGGGUUCCACCCCCGCUUUGGGAACACUUACAACAGGUGGGCAUAAUAGCUGGGUUUGAUAUGCCUAAAAGGGACAAGAGCCCCAACAAAUAGACUAGGGCCCACAUCUUUGCAAGCAUAACUUCAAAUCUCCAGCAGGUUCACUUUUCCAUUUGUUGGCUUUUUGUUCCCGGGUGUUAUCAGCUUCCGGAGUGACCACACCCUGGGAGUUGGUGUCCUCCUGAUGAAAAGGCUUCACCCUCGAGCAAUGGGUCCACUUAUCGCUGUUUGAUAAGCGAACAGCUGUGUGUGUAGUCAGCAGCACCUGGUAGGGUCCCUCCCACCUUUCUGCAAGAGGAUCCUUUCUCCACUUUUGUACCAGGACCUGGUCACCCGGUUUAAAGUUGUGGAUUGGCGCAUCAAGCGGGAGACUCUGGAAAGGUGCAGUGAACCUGUGUAGGGAAGACAAAACAGACUGCAAGGCGAUUACAUGUUCCCAAAUUUCAGAUUUUCCCAAAUCUACAGUAAUCUGUUCUCUCCACCCCGCUGGCAAGACUCUGGGAGGCAUACCAAACAUUAAUUCAAAAGGUGACAAUUUAAUCCCUCUACGUGGUGUGCUACGAAUACGAGUUAAAGCCAGUGGGAGUGCCUGCGGCCAUUUCAAAUGAGUCUCAAUACAGAUUUUCGUUAA